AUGGACGAAUGUUCAUGUUUGACGUUGCGUAAAUUCGUAUCAUAUGGAUCUUUUUUCUUCUUUGUUUUGGUUUGGUUUGGUUUGGUUUGCUGGAAGAAAUUUAUUCUUUUAUUGCUGCUGCAAAAGGAGAGGCAAGAGGGCGGUGAAAUGUUGAGAAAAGGGCCGUUUUGCAUUUCCGAUGUAUUUUGGCUGGCGACAUGUACGCUUCUGUGCCUCAUGGCGGUCGCUGCUGCCUAUGAGACGAGACCGGAGGACGGGCUCCGCGAGCACAAGUGUGUACACGACGAAGUGGCGAUCCCAUAUAAUGCGCUCCCUUACACAGAUGUGACGUACAGGAGUGGCAUCAGAAAUAUGAAAGUCUUUUCGGUUUUUAUGACUGCCGCUCGUGAGGACAUUCGUUUUCACGUCAUUUUUCUUCUAAAUAAAUCUUGCAGCGGCGUUGGACAAUUUGUCCCCAACUUCUUGGGGGAUGAAGUGAGGUGCACCGCCGAUGACAUCUUGACGCCGAAGAAGAUCCGGAUGAUAAAAAUUAUGGUGAAAAGGGCGUGUAAUUUUUUGGAGCAGGCAAUUCUUGUGGACCCAUUGGACGAAUUAAAUGUUAUGGCAGAAAGUUGCCCCUUCUUGGGCCACUCUUCCCUGCGAGUUACAGAGAAGGACUACGUUUUGUUUGUAACAGCCAACCCACGGUCAAGUGCGCGUGGUGUGAUAGCCUGGGCCCGUUCGUGCGAAAGAAUCUCCACAGGCCGGCCUUCUGUGGGACACGCUAAUUUCAUCCCCUCUUUUUUUGGUGAAUACGCCACGGAGAAUGACAUCCACGUGGCGAUGCACGAGAUAACGCACGCCCUGGGCUUUACGGACCUUGCCACCAACGCCAAAUCUCAUGUGGGGCCGGGAGGGAAAGUAGUGCCGGGUUUCGCGCGUGUGCUCCGACCCAAACUAGGCAAGGUGGUGACACUGGUCACGUCACCCAAGGUUGUCGAGGUGGCGCGGAAGCAUUUUGGUUGUCCCACACUUGACGGGGUGGAAAUUGAAGAUGGCGGCAAAUCCGGGACAGCAGGCUCGCACUGGAAAAAGCGUAUAUUGUACGAGGAGGCACUUGUUGGAUCUAUCACAUCAGCGAAUCUCUUUUACUCAUCUUUCACACUUGCAUACUUGGAGGAUCUUGGGUACUACUCCAUCAACUACAGUAUGGCGGAGGAUAACUUUCGAUGGGGAAGGAACCGCUCGUGUCGAUUCCUCUACAAUAAAUGUAACGAUCAAGACGAGGACGUGGAUGAAUUUUGCUUUGGUAAUGGCAACGCGAUGAAAACUUCAUGUACAAAUGACUUUCUAGGAAUGGGGUCGUGUGACAUUAUGAGGCAUAAUGCGGUUCUUCCAGUGGAUUACCGGUAUUUUACUGAUCCACGAAUGGGUGGAAGCAUACCACUAAUGGACUAUUGUCCGUCUGUCCAAGUGUACUCCAAUUGGAACUGCAUUAGUGAGGUCACGGCAGAAGUACCGAAUUUUCUUGGUAAUGAAAUGGGGCAACAUAGUCGUUGUUUUUCAUCGAACCUAGUGACUGGUGCGUCGCCCUUCUUUUCUACCGGUUUCCGGUGCUUUCCGAUGGUCUGCACAAAGUCUGGACAGAUCCUCCUACGUGUCCAGGGGCAAACCGUGCCAUGCCCUCUGAAUGGCACUGCGGGCGAGGCAGACACAUCUCAUUUGAGAGGCGUUCAGGGCAAAAUAAUCUGUCCUGCGGCGAUUCUGUUGUGUAGGGAUAAGGAAAGAAAUAUUUCUUCCGAGUCCUUUCAUUAUUCCAGUAAUAUGAUAGAAGAACCGGUAACGGCAGAAACGAAACGCAGUGCGUCAGAAUUUACAAAAAAUUCUUCGAGAUUAUGCGAAGAACGGGUGAAGUGUGCGGAGAAUAUUAACUCAUUUUUUCCGGCAUGCCGUGUUUCGGCCCAACGAAUCCUUGAUUGUUUUGGCAGAGACUGCCCCUUGGCGAUGCGCAUGUGGAUUGACCGCACCGCACUAUUGGAGCAGUGCAGGCACCCAAAGUUGAUAGCUGAAUUGUGUCUUGACGGCUGGAUGGGAGCUCAUCGUUUAUGUGCCAUUGCCUCCUCCACUUCUGCGGCAACAGCAAUUUAUUUUCCCAUUAUUGUUGUGUGUGUCAUGCUACUGGCCAUUGUUUUUUUCUAA